ACCUCACUCCUUUAGGUUUACAUGAUGUGAUCAUGGUGAUCACGGUGAUGAUAAUGGCCAUGAUGGUGAUCAUCAUCAUCACGAUCACUCAUGACCACAUGACAGCGAUGACUGAACUUUCCGAAACCCUAGUUUCUGAAUGCUCUAGACAACAUCCUUGCUCUCCAAUUUACCAUUUACGAAAGUCCUCUUUAUCUUCUCCUCUUCUGCUUCAUGUGUAAGGGAAAGUGAAGCUUUUUCCAGAUCGAUUUCCCCUUUUGCAGGGGACUAUGCAGAUAAGCUUUACAAGGAACAUAUGUAGGGUACUUCUUCAUGCUCUUUAGUGAUUUUAUUACUGUUAUGUAAGAGGGGGGAGCAAGUGUGGAAUAGGGACAAGGUGUCUAUUGUAUACCUUGUCUCCAUGGAACAUACUGAGGGUCUAGAUUUCAAUACAGUAAAGGGUGUUCGUAAACCUCGAACUUUUUCAUCUAGAAAACCACGAAUCGGGUCACAUUCAUUUCGCACUGAGUAUGACUGUGAUCGAACAUCUCCUUCAGAUUCUCCUCCUGAUACGGGGGCUACCCAUAUUGGCAGCUCCUCUGAAAAUUUGGGAAAGCACUUAAGCGAUGAUGAUGGAUAUGACAAUAACGGGUAUGAGGUUCAGGGGAAGAGUAAUUUGCAUGAUGGAUCACUUCAAUAUGAAGCUAGUAAUGAAUAUGCACCUGCAGAUUAUGCAAAAAGGGAAAAGGGAAGGUUCAGUCAAAAGACAAAUUUUGAUGAUAUUGAGAAUCACAUAAGGAUGCAGUAUGAGAGGGAACAUAAUGAGGGGUAUGGUGGUUAUGAGAAAACAGUACAUGAUUGCACUGGUGAUGGAGGACUAAACCACAGAAUGAGCAUAUCUAGGGGAUCAAAUUCGAAUGGACAGGGGAAAUUUGGGUCUACAACGAGAUGCAGUGAGGGUGUUCUAGCCCCAGCCAAAAGAAAUCGGCCUAAUUGGAGAGAUGUUAAGUUGCAACCUUUGGACGCUGUUGGUCCAGAGCCCUUCAAGGGUGGGUUAGAUAAACAAGGCUCUUUUAGUGAGGCGGGUGCAAGACAGGUGCUUCCGCAGGAGGAUCCUUCACCUCAGGGGAACAGGCCCACAAAGGUAAAGCUUAAGGUGGGGGGUAUCACUCAUACAAUUCAUGCAAACCAAACUGGAAAUGAUGGCAGUACAAGGCCUAGGUAUUCUGAUGGAUCAUCUUCCGUGAAGCCUCCUUCACAUUCAUCUGAUAUCAGAAGGCGAAAGAAGCUGAUUAUUCAGGAUAAUUCAGAAGAUGAAUAUGACUAUCCUCCAAGAUUGGGGAAAGAGAAAAAUUUAUCAGAGGUGUCAAGAAUGGAUGCCACCACUAGUAGUUCUACUCACUCAAGAUCCAAAAUAGAGUCUCAUUCCAUUAGGGACACAACAAAGACCUCAGAAGAAAGUAAUUCUGUGAUGCAAACACAAAAGCCUGCUGAAGUUCUUUCCUCUCAGACUGUUCGUAAGAGUGCACGAGUCCCAAAGAGACGUGUUCUGGAUGGGGACUAUGUUGAAGACAACAAUGAAACUGAUGCUUUUUAUCGUAAGAAUCGUGUUUCUACAAAAAGGGUUGUGGAUUGUGCAUUUGGUGAUGAUUAUGAGGAGGCAACCCCUCAAAGGAGAAGUUCAAGGGCUCCAAAAGGACGAAGAGUUGAAGAAGGCCAUGAGGAAGAUGAGGUUUACUAUGUUACUCAUCAUAGUAAACAAAGAAAAAGGAACAAGUUAGUAGGCAAGGUCGGGGAAGUGAUUUACCAGGAAGACGAUGAAGAGGCUACAUCAGCAAAUGACUUUGAUGGGAAUUCAGGUUCAAAGAAAAGGAACAAAAAACAAGAGUUUGUUGAUUAUUUGGAUGAUGAUAAGAAAGAACUUCCUCUCACUGCACGUCAACGGGCUCUUCAGUCCAGUAAAGUGGCCAAUCCUGAAGCCACUACAAACUUGAUGGCGUUUCCGGAUGGGCUGCCAAUGACAGGGAGAAGAAGGCAAAAGGAGAAACUCUCAGAAGUGGAGCAGCAGCUAAAGAAAGCUGAGGCUGCUCAGAGACGUCGGAUGCAAGUUGAAAAAGCUGCCAAAGAAAUACAGGCUGAGGCAAUCAGGAAAAUCCUAGGUAAUGAUCCAAGCAGGGAGAAGCGACGAGAUAAGCUCAGGAAAAAGCAGGAUGGAAAAGCACGGGAGAAGGCCACUGCUUCGAGGGAUCUUGAGUCCAAUUCUGUACGUUGGGUCACAGGGCCUUGUGGUACCAUUGUUUCAUUCUCUGAAGAUGCUGGACUUCCGAGCAUAUUUAAGUCCACAAAGUGCAGUGGUUUCAAUGUCAUAUUUGCCAUCCAAAAUCUUCUUUCCACAUUGUUGUGGAACCCUCUGAUCUUAUGGCCCCUGUGUUGUCAGUUACCCACCUCCGCGGGAGAAAUGUGCCGUACCGUCAUGCACAAAUGAUUACAAAUAUAGGGACUCAAAGUCCAAUCUCCCUCUAUGCAGUCUUCAGUGUUACAGGGCUGUGCACAAUGAGAUGCUACCUGUCACUUCGUGCUGAUACGUACAUUUCUGUUGCGAUGGCCCACCUGUAAAUUCUACUAGUAGAUUGUAAAUAUUAUUUUCAUGGUUGGUAAACUGGGUUAGACCAGCAACCUCGAGGUUGGCUUGAACCCAAUAAAUGUAAAUCUGCACCUCUAAUAAAAUUUAUGUAAUUUGUUAAUUUUGUUAGUUUAUC